GCCAGUCCGUCUAGUUCUCUCAUCCCAUCUGCUUGAGCUUUCAUAUGUAACUGGUUACAAGGAUUAUCACACAUAUGUUUCUGCUGAACUGGAGAUAAAGGUCAUCUGUGUCAUGAUUCUUGGUUAAAGAACUGAAAUCAACUAAUACCCACACCACUAUAUGCUUUAGUGAACCUGCUGUGAGACGCUGCAACCAUGGCCACUACUGGAUCUUUCCGUAUGAUGUCAGAGGAGGAGCAGGCCAUGCGGUCCAAACUGGAGCAUUUGACAGUGAAGGAUCAUGGACCAGUGUUUGGGCCAUGCCACAAACUGCCUGGCCACACUGUGCAAAAGGCAAAAGAUGAGCUGAAUGAGACGAAAGAGAGGCGGGUGUCAUCGCUGAAGGACCUGCGGGUCACAAUGAAGGAGAAGGCGGUAGAGGGAGAUGACCUGGCCAAACUGAUACUGGAGCACUUUGGGGACAAACCUGACUCUCUGCUGCUGCGUUUCCUCAGGGCCCGCAAAUUUAAUGUUGUCAGAGCCCAUGAGCUUAUGAAAGGUUAUGUGCACUUCAGGAAGGAGUAUCCUGAGCUGUUUGAAAACCUGACCCCUGAGGCGGUCCGCAGUACUAUUGAGGCAGGAUACCCUGCGGUUCUGCCCAGCAGAGACAAGUACGGCCGUGUGGUCCUGCUCUUCAACAUCGAAAACUGGGACCUGGAGGAGAUCACGUUCGAUGAGAUCUUGAGAGCCUAUUGUGUGAUCCUGGAGAAGCUGCUCGAAAAUGAAGAGACCCAGAUCAACGGCUUUGUCCUGAUUGAGAAUUUCAAGGGCUUCACCAUGCAGCAUGCCUCAGGAAUCAAGCCGACUGAGCUCAAGAAGAUGGUGGACAUGUUGCAGGACUCCUUUCCUGCCCGUUUCAAGGCGGUCCACGUCAUUCACCAGCCUUGGUACUUCACCACCACAUAUAACAUGGUCAAACCGUUCAUGAAGACCAAGCUGCUGGAGAGGGUCUUUGUUCAUGGUGACAAGCUGGACAUCUACUUUAAUGAAUUUGACGCAGACGUUCUGCCUGCAGAUUUCGAUGGGAAAGCCUCUGUUGCUGACUACCAUGCCAUCGCCACCAAGGUUUUUGGCUCUGAAGACACUGCUCUUUGAAAGAACAGCCACCCCAUUUCAAACCCAAGAGUUACAGUGUCUUUCACGCUUGAUGAUUCUUUGGAGAUUCAAGCAAAGAUGUGGUCUAUUUUAAGAGUCUAUUUUUAGUUAGGAGCAGGGGGUGGUCAGCCAGUGAGUAAUAUUGUAUAUGGUGAUGGGAAUGGGACAGAAAAGGAUAACUGAUGGUUUGGAUUUUACAGUUCUGACAAACUACAUUUUUUGUUACUGUAUAAGCUGAUUGAGAACGAGGGAGCUGGUGAUGUGAUGAUGUAGCUCAUAACCAGAAUGAGUUUGAUUUGGUGUUCUUCCCCUUGAAAAUGAAUUACACAAUACAGGUGCAGCUCAAUAAAUUGUGUAGUAAAUUAUUACUACACAUUACUGAAAUAAAUGGACUUUUCCACGAUAUUCUAAUUUAUUGAGCUGCACCUGUAGUCUUGUGCCUACAAUCCUGUCAGAUGAAAGAGCACAGAAGGUAUCAGAGUGUAAAGGGUGACUUUAGAAAAUUAUGAAGAGGGAAAAUUGAUAAUAGCUUUGCCUCUAUGUGAUUUUUGUUUUGUCUCCUGAUUCAGUGCCACAGAAAUGGUUUGUCUCAACUGCCGUUUGCAUUUUUGCAUUGAUAUCCAUGAUGUACCACAAAGACCCAGUUUGAAAUUUGUAUUGGUUUG